AUGGCUACAAAUAAAGACGGCAAACCAAUUGAGAUUUUAAAAUUUGCUGAUGAUUCCGGGUCUUACAAGAGACAGGCAUCGAAAUUCCGUAAUUUCAUCUCCAGUGCCGAAAAUGCUAAAUUUAAGCCUGAAUUGAACCGUUAUCACUUGUAUGUGUCAAUGGCAUGUCCAUGGGCCCACAGAACAUUAAUCACUAGAGUUUUGAAAGGUUUAACUCAGAUUAUUUCUGUAUCGGUUGUGCAUUGGCACAUGGAUAGUAAUGGAUGGAGAUUCAUUAAUAAGGAAGAGGCUGGAAAGAGGACAUCCCACAGCGAUAUCCUGAAUGGUACUGAAGAUCACUUGUACGGAUUCGAAAGAAUCAAGCAAUUGUAUUUCAAGGCAGAUCCAGAAUACGCGGGCAGAUUUACGGUUCCAGUCUUAUGGGAUAAGAAAUUGGAAACCAUCGUCAACAACGAAUCGAGUGAAAUAUUGAGAAUGUUUAAUACCGAGUUCAAUUCGUUAUUAUCGUCUGAGUACGCUGAAAUAGAUUUGUAUCCAGAGGAGAUGAGAGGUGCCAUCGAUGAAAUCAAUUCAUGGAUUUAUGACAAUAUCAACAAUGGUGUUUAUAAGACUGGUUUCUCUACAAAACAGGAGGUUUAUGACAAGGAAGUAGUUAAUGUUUUUAAUCAUCUUGAUAAAGUUGAGCAAAUCUUGGCCAAGAACCACGAAGGUGCUAACAAAAUUGAGUUUUUAUUAGACAAUAAAAUUACCGAAGCCGAUAUUAGAUUGUUCACCACAAUCGUUAGAUUUGAUUCUGUUUAUGUGCAACACUUCAAGUGUAAUUUAAAGAUGAUCAGAUAUGAUUAUCCUAAUAUUCACAAUUGGUUGAGAUUAUUAUACUGGAAAAUUCCUGGCUUCAACGAAACUACCGACUUCCAUCAUAUCAAAAACCAUUACACUAAAUCUCACGUAGGUAUAAAUCCUCACGGAAUUACACCAUUGGGCCCUGUGCCAGAUAUUUUACAAUUGUAG